AUGUAUAGCUUUUUGAAUUGCCACUACGUAUAAUUCCCUUGUUAAUUAGAUGUUUCUCUCUUGCUAAACUCUUAAAUUUUAGGUGGGCCUUCUUUGUUCUCUGUGCCGUCCGGUUGGUUGGCAAAUCGCAGGAAUUGUACCAACACCUGAGAGUAAUGAAAUUAUUUCGAUCGAACAAGAUGCGUUGCAAGUGAAUACUGCUAUAAGCGCUGACCAUCGGAAAAUUGUAAAUGACCUGUUUAUCAGUUAUCACACUGGGAUGUUACGACAUCUCGAAAGAGCUUGCGCUACUAUGAAUGUUAUACAAAAGAGGGUGAAACGACAGGAGCGGACGAGAGGAGAUGCAACAAGUGAAGACAAAGCUGAGCUAGAGACUGCAAAAACGGAGUUUGAGCGAUUGAAAGGAUUAGCCACAGAGUUAAGCAACUCCCUUGGUGUACCUAUGGUUGAACUCAAAGAAGAACCCAGUGAUAAUGAGGAGGACGAAGCUGCUGCUAUGGAGGUGAGGAGGUAA